AAUGACAUCAUUGUGCCACUGCAGUUGCCUUGGUGAGAUAUCUUCCUUCGUGAUGGACUUCCUUCAAAUUACUAUAAAGUGUUCUCCUCUCCCGCCCUUCGACUCAACUUAAUUCCUUCAUCAACAUCCUUGAAAUCCAAACACUAUCAAGAACUCCAACCUACACAAGCAUAAACAAACCACAAAUCCCACCAAACCCAUCAAUCACCAACAUGUCUGAUACCCCCCAGCCUUCCACUCUCAAGUCCGUCGUCGACUCCGCCUCCGGUGCUGUCCAGAGCGCUAUUGGUAGUCUUACUGGAAACACCAGCGACCAGGCCGCUGGCGACCUCAAGAAGCAGAAGGCCGAGGCCGAGCAUGAUGCGUCCCACGCUACCGCCAAGCUCCCUGGUGCCACCCUCUCUGGCUCCGGUGCCGCCGCCAAAGAUGACACCAACCGCACUGAGGGUUCUUGGAACCAGACUGCUGGCUCCGCUAAGGAGGCCGUUGGUGGAAUCAUCGGCAGCGAGUCCCUGAAGAAGGCUGGCCACGAGCAGAAUCUCGAGGGUAGAAACCAGGAGGCCAAGGGUCAGCUCAGUGAUCUCGGCACUGGCAUCAGCGAGCGUGUCCAGGGUACUCUUGGUGGCGCCGUCUCCAACCUCACCGGCAACAAGGAGCAGGAGGCUCACUACGACGAGCUUCGUGCUGAGGGCAAGACCCGCCAGCGUGGUGUUGAGCACGAUCUCCAGAAGCAGGCUGAGGCAGAGAGCCGCGAAUAAACCGGCAAUUCCAACAUUGGUAACAGCGUAGGGUGAUAAGCAUGAAGUGACGAGAAUAUGAUACCCCAAAGUUGUGGCAUGGACGGAAGAGGAAGGUCCUACUAGAUACUCCUAAUAAACACCAUCAACAGUUA